GGGGCAGUUAAUUUUAGAACAGAGUGACCGGCCGGUAACCGGUAUACGGUACGCAGAUACGCUGCAUAGACCGAAGUGCGAAAUGGCGUCUGCUGCUGCCGUACGAAGACUGCCUCAACAUUUGAAGGAACUUAGAAUUCAUUUGUGCCAACGCUCUCCUUCGAGUCAAGGUGUCAGGGAAUGGGUUGAGACUCACUAUGUGGAUAUGAAGAAAGCAAAUCCAAAGUUCCCGUUUCUUAUCAGAGAAUGCAGUGGAAUACAACCCAAGAUCUAUGCUAGAUAUGCAUUUGGCCGAGAGGUCAGCACACCGCUUGCCAACUUCACCAGCCAGCAAGUUGUGGAUACACUAAACACGUUAGCCGACACAGAGCCCUGAAAGAUACUACUAGAUGUCACAGUUUCCUCUGACAAGAGUCAACUUUGUUUUCUUAUAAGACAUGUAAAAAGCAGAAAAGAUGCACGCAUACCGGUGCUUUGCCACUAGUCAGCUAGUGGACUCCAUUUCAUCCAUUGUAAGUGGGCAAAGAGCAACCUUCACUGUGUUCUUGAGAGCUGACAGGGAUCCUUGAAGAAUGAGUCUGUUUAUGUUCAUCAUUCAGUCUCCACUGUGCAGUCAUCUCCAAUGUACUGUACAUGUGUUUCACAUUAAUUUGAAAAUCUACAUGACCUGUUAAAAGGGUUGGAAAGUGUAUACUGCUUUCAGAAGAAAAAAGAGACCUUUUAAUACAUUUAAUUCGAUGAGAUUGACUAGAAUUAUAGAACUUGAUUAUAACAGAAAGGAAAAAUUGGGAAUUAUGUAGAGGUUGUUGGGAAAGUUUGUAGGCACAAUUUUAGAAGUUUGAAUGCCAUUGUGAUUGAAGUUUGCAGUGUUCAACAAAACUACCCACUGUACCGUGUGUCCUGAAGUUUUCACAUCAAACACAAAAGUUUUCUUACUAGUAAAUGUAAUUUGUGAGAAAUUUAAAUGUUAAUUAAAAAAAGUUGAAUGUUUACUUGAAAACGGUAA